CUUUGAUCUCUCGAGCUGACUAGCUAGGCAGGCCGCAGGUGCUGCAGUCCAGGGAUGGCCACCAAGCUCGCCGUUCUCGCCACCUUGGUGCUCGCGCUGCUCGGCCCCGUGUCGUGCCAACAACAGCAAGCGGGCUACGGCUAUGGCGCCGGCAGUCCUACACCUACAUCGUCGCCGCCGCCGCCUGCUGCAUAUCCUCCGAUGACGACAAGCCCGACGCCGAGCUCUCCCACCGCCUAUCCUCCUCCUCCUCCUCCCACACCUAGCCCGCCGCCACCUGCCGCUGGUGCCGGACUGAGCGUCGGAUACUACAAGGACAAGUGCGCCGAGGCAGAAACCAUCGUGCAGGAGGCCGUGCGCGCUGCCGACGCCGGCACCAAAGCAGGGCUCGUCCGUUUGUUCUUCCACGACUGCUUCGUCCAGGGCUGCGACGCCUCCGUUCUGCUCAAGCCCGACAACGACACCAACCCGCAGCCGGAGAUGCUCGGGGUCCCCAACCUGAGCCUGCGCGGCUUCGAGGUCAUCGACGCGGCCAAGGCAGCGGUCGAGGCGAGAUGCCCGGGCGUCGUGUCCUGCGCCGACAUCGUCGCCUUCGCCGGCCGCGACGCCAGCGCGUUCCUCAGCGGCGGCGCCAUCAACUUCACCAUGCCCGCGGGCCGCUACGACGGGACGGUGUCGCUCGCCAACGAGACUCUCCCCAACCUGCCCCCGCCGUUCGCCGACGUCCGGCGCCUCAAGGCCAUGUUCGCCGCCAAGGGCCUCGACACCGUCGACAUGGUCGCGCUCUCCGGCGCGCACAGCAUCGGCCGCUCCCACUGCUCCUCCUUCAGCAGCGACCGCCUCCCGCCCAGCAACACCUCCGACAUGGACCCGGCGUUCGCCGCCACGCUGCAGGCGAGCUGCGCGUCGUCGGCCAACGGCGCCGCCGACAACACGGUGGUGCAGGACUACAGGACCCCUGACCAGCUGGACAACCAGUACUACCGGAACGUCAUCAGCCACAAGGUGCUCUUCGCGUCGGAUGCCGCACUCCUCAAGUCAAGCGACACGCUUGGGCUGGUCUAUGUAGCCGCCUUCUCUCAGAAGCUGUGGCAGGACAAGUUUGGACAAGCCAUGGUGAAGAUGGGUGGCGUCCAGGUGAAGACGGCCGCCAAUGGGGAGAUCAGACGGAUGUGUGGCUACGUCAACAAACCCUAAUCCGGUUAACGACCGACCGACGAUGGUGGUCAGUUUGAGCUUGCAUUGAGCAUAUCCUCCCGGGUGUCUCUUCAAACCUAAGCUACUGCUGUUUCUUGCUCUAUUCGAGUUCUUUAUCGGUUUUCAACCCCUUUCUGUUACUCGAUUUUUUUGUUCUAAUUUUGGCUGUACCACCGUUUGAAAUUCCAGCAAAAUGUAUUCAUUCCAGCAAAAUGUAUUCAUCAGACGAUAUUGAAAUAUGGUUUUCAUCA